AUGACGGUCGCAUCAACAAAGCAGCCCCCGCACGCGGCGGGGCCCCUCUACGCGCUCGGCCUCGAGGGCAGCGCCAACAAGCUGGGCAUCGGCGUGCUGUCGCACGACCCGGCGACGAACCAGACGACCAUCCUGUCCAACGUGCGGCACACGUUCGUGUCGCCGCCGGGGACGGGGUUCCUGCCCAAGGACACGGCCAAGCACCACCGGACGCACUUCGCCUCGGUGUGCGCGGCCGCGCUCCGGGACGCCGGCGUGAGCCCGGCCCAGCUGUCGUGCAUCUGCUACACCAAGGGCCCCGGCAUGGGCGCGCCGCUGACCAGCGUGGCCGUGGGCGCGCGGGCCCUCAGCCUGCUGUGGGAGCGGCCGCUGGUCGGCGUCAACCACUGCGUGGGCCACAUCGAGAUGGGGCGCGUCAUCACGGGGGCGUCGAACCCCGUCGUGCUGUACGUCAGCGGCGGCAACACGCAGGUCAUCGCCUACGCGUCGCAGCGGUACCGCAUCUUCGGCGAGACGCUCGACAUCGCCGUCGGCAACUGCAUCGACCGCUUCGCCCGCACGCUGCGCAUCCCCAACGACCCGUUCCCGGGCUACAACGUCGAGCAGCUGGCCAAGAAGGGCGGCGUCCUGCUCGACCUGCCCUACGCCGUCAAGGGCAUGGACUGCAGCUUCAGCGGCAUCCUGGCCGCCGCCGACGUGCUGGCCGCGCAGAUGUUCGCGCAGGACAAGCUGCUCGCCGCCGGCGGCGCGCUCAAGGAGGGCGAGACGCGCAUCACGCCCGAGGACCUGUGCUUCACGCUGCAGGAGACCGUGUACGCCAUGCUGGUCGAGAUCACGGAGCGGGCCAUGGCGCACGUGGGCUCGCGGCAGGUGUUGGUGGUCGGCGGCGUGGGGUGCAACGAGCGGCUGCAGGAGAUGAUGGGCCGGAUGGCGGCGGACCGCGGCGGCAGCGUCUACGCGACCGACGAGCGCUUCUGCAUCGACAACGGCAUCAUGAUCGCCCUGGCCGGCCUGCUGGCGUGGGAGACGGGGUUCGAGACCCGGCUGGAGGACAGUACCUGCACGCAGCGGUUCAGGACCGACGAGGUGCAUAUAGCGUGGAGGGAGGACUAG